UUCUCCCUGCCCGCCGCGGAGCCCCCAAGACCCCCCCCCAAAAACAGGGAGCUGCUGGCCAGGGGUCAGGAGUCUGUGGGAGCUGAGGGCGGGCACCCCCCACGCUCCACCAGGAACCCUCAGGACAUGAGGGUCAUAGGCCUCCCUUUUCCUCCUGUUCCUGUUUGCCCUGAAUGCCCCCACCCCAGCCGUGCUGGUCGCCAGGCCUGACUGUCUCAAGAAUCCAAUCUGAAAAGAUGCAGGCGGGUGGUAGCUGCCGCCCAGAACGGAGGCCGGGUGUGUGGGGGAAGAGAUCACCGCAAACGCAGGUGCAGGAGCCCCUCAUGGAGCUCCCGGGCACGCCACCCCUGCAAGAGGUCCCCGGGGAAGAGUCCCUGCCUGAGGACUCAGGCCUGCAGGUGACGCCCAGCACGCACAUUCUCUACGUGGGCCACCUGAACCCCCAGUUCUCAGUGCCUGUGCUCACCUGCCUGCUGCGAGACGCCCUGGAACGGCUGGGGCUGCCGGUGGCACGGGAGCACAUCGAGGUGGUGAGGCGACCACGGAAGGCCUACGCACUGGUGCAGGUGACCACCCACAGGGACAGCCUGGCCUCCCUCCCCUGGCGCCUGCAGACGGCCGUGGAGGAGCACCAGAUCCUCAAGGAGCUGGUGGCCCGCGGGAAGGAGCUGGUGUUGGGUGACGGCCGAGGGCCCCCGCGCGGCAGAGAGCGGGAGGACGACAGCAGCCGGAGCCCGAGCCCCAGCCCUGCCAACAGCCCCCCGGCACGGGCCCCGCAGAGGUCCCAGGACCGGCCCAGCAGCGCACGCUCCGACAGCGCCAUCGUGCACCAGGAGGUCCCGGGCCAGGAGCGCCUCUUCCAGGGCGCCUUCCUAGGCAGCGAGACGCGCAGCGUGGAGUUCAAGCGCGGCGGCGGCGAGUACCUGAGCCUGGCCUUCAAGCACCACCUGAGGCGCUACGCGUGCGCCUUCCUCAACGGCGAGGGCGGCAGCCUGUUCGUGGGCGUCGAGGACAGCGGCCUGGUGCGGGGCGUCCCCUGCAGCCACCGCGACGAGGACCGCGUGCGCCUGCUGGUGGACUCCAUCCUGCAGGGUUUCCAGCCCCAGGUCUUCCCCGACGCCUACACACUCUCCUUCAUCCCCGUGGUCAGCACCAUCGCCUCCACCACCCCCCUCAAGGUGAUCCGCCUGAGCGUGCACGCCCCCAGGGCCCAGGCCGAGCCGCAGCUCUAUGAGACUGACCAGGGGGAGGUGUUCUUGCGGCGGGACGGGAGCAUCCAGGGCCCGCUGUCUGUCCACGCCAUCCAGGAGUGGUGCAAGCAGCAACCCCUUGAUGCAAGGAGUAUCUCCCAGCCCCAGGAAGAGAAGUGUGGCCGGAGCACAGGGAUGUGGAAACCACGCUUCCGAGAGACCGGCCACCUGCUGUUCCACGUGACCCCAAACUAACCGUUCCCUUUGGACGACAGUACCAGUCACAGCGGGCGGCAGGCGGCCCCGCAGAGCAGGGGUUCCCAGCACCGGCCACCGUGAGCACUCGCCAGAAUCGUCCCUCCGCACGCACUAGGUCCGCGUGGCACACACUUCCCACGGUCUAGGCAUACAAGGGGAGGCGACGGGCUACACGCCUGGAUCCACCACGACUGGAGGUAGUUUGGAGAAACGAGGUGACCAAUGGGCGCUCCACCGGCACGCCCAUCAUCCGCUCCUGCCCAGAGGACCCGCUCCUCGGCCAAGAGCUUUGGGGACCACACGGGGCGUCCACACCGGGCUUCCACACGGGGUUUCCACACCAGGCGUCCACGCGGGGCGGCACUGUGUAGGAGCCGAUACACAGGAUGGGACAUGCGAGUCACAGAGUCUUCCAAAUACCUUUCCCCCAUAAUAAAAUAAUCUUAAUAAAAACAUAAUUUAAA